GGAGGGGGAGGGGUUAGGUUGGCUGGCUGAUGAAGUGCAGAGCUGCCGGGUUGAACCGGCAAGCUCCCUCUACCCCAGCAGUAAGCGAAGCUGUGCCCAGGCUGUGGCCCCUCCUCGGCAGUACCAGCCCCCCAUUCGUCUGAGUGGCAUACACAGCGAGGGGGAAAUCCACCCCCUCACAUGGAAAAGCCAGCUCCUCCGGGAGACACACAGCGAUCUGCCGGUAACCGCGAAGAGUCUCAGCGAUGGGCUGGGGGGCUCUGAGGGGCUCAGCGAGGGGGAGGACUGCAGUGAUUACAGCUCAGCGCUAGAAGACAGCUUUGUGACCGUCCGCCGCAAGGCUCACCACAGCAGCAGUGCAGGAGAGCAGUAAAGGAGGCUAUCCUGUGUCUGACUAUCAGAAAACAAACACACCCAACUGGACAAGCGAGGUGACACAGCUGGUUGAGAAGAUGGCCAGGGGGCAGUUGGGAGCUCCAGCCUGGAGUUCGAGGGAGGAGCGGGGCCAGAGCAGCGAGAGUGAGGACAUGGAGGAGCUGUUCUACUGCUUCACAGGCCACUCUGCUGCCACAGCGUCCACGGCACAGAGCCACGGCAGCCCCGCCCUGGAGAGCCUGUUCAAGAGCUUCACAGGUCACCAGAGUCUCAGUGACACAGACAGUGAGCCCCAGUCUAUAAAUAAGACUUUUAAUAUCAGCCCCAGAGUACAGAGGAACACUGACCCUGGGAAGGUGGAACAGAGUUCGGGCUCUGAUUUCAUGCCGGACUCUUCUCUUGAAGUAUCGGAUGAGUUCUUCACCCCCAAUCCCCUCGCGAUGUCCCAGGAAGCAGCUCUGCACUCAGGGAGACAGGCUGUCGUGCAGACUCCAAGCUCAGAAGAGGACCUGGAGGUCACAGUGGAGGUGUUGUGGCCCAGGCUGGACUCUGAGGCUGGGGGUAGCUUUGGCCUGAGCUCUGGGAGUGAGGCGGGCGCAACCAGAACAACAGUGGAAAGGCCCUUAGACACUGAGCCAAACAGUGCUGAGGUGUGUGCCUCUUCAUCUGUGACCAGCUUUAAAGCCAUUGGAGUGAGUGCAGAAGUUCCAGCAGCCGCUGCUGCUGAAGUGGAGGUCGGAGAACACAAAGAAGUCUCCCUGACUGAUAUCCAGGAUCUGUCCAGUAUUGCCUAUGAUGGAGACUCAUUGAGCAGAGAGCUUCAGCAGCAAGGCCCUGAGAUCAGAAACACUGGGACCCUCGUGAGCACCCCGCGCAGCCCAGGAGCGCCCCGCCCCGCUGGUCCUGGCUCACAGGUGGCAGGUUUGGAACUGCUCCUGCCCUACAGCAGGCUACUGGACUCCAGCACCUGGAGCAGCUCCCAGUCCCAGGUUCACGCCCCCUCUCAGCCUCAGUCCCCGGGCUCCUUUGCUACAGCCUGCAACGGGACGGCCAGCACUAACGGUCAUUCAGACUGCAGUGUAGUGUACUCCCCUGCCUCGGCCAACACAGAGAGGCACCUCGCUCCUGCAGGAAUCGAAACCGACGCUCCUUCAGAGUACAAAGAGGCUCUGUUUCCUGCAGGAAGAAGUGCCUCCCCUGGAUACUGUGAUACAGGACGCGGUGUGACUCCCAUCCUAACGCCUGUUCAGCCCUGCCCCGCCCCAGAGGAGCGCUCUCCACUGGAAGACUGCCUGCUUCCUCCUGCUUCUGAAAAUUAUCUGUCAACAGCCGCGGCGCUGGUGGGAGGAGACAAGCUGAGGUCUAACCAGAUGAGUCCGGAGCAGCCUGCAGAUACCCAGGACCCAGCCCUCCUGAGCGGGGAGGAGGGAGGCAAUGCGGCCUCAGAGGACAGGGGAGCUGGGGGUCCAGGAGAGGAGCAGCAUGGAGCAGCCCUGGUGAAGAAGGGAGUUCUGGGGGCAGAGAGCCAGGGAGGGGGCAGCAGCAGCAGAGAGACACAGGACCUGCUGGAGGAGACCGACAGGGCUCACUCCACUCUGGAUGACGUCCUCCAGGGGAUGCUGGCAGACAGAGCAGCCAAUGAGAACACACAGUGUGCCCAGGGAGCUGACAGGCACGCCACGCUGACUGAGAGCUCAGAGUUAGCAGAGAGGGGAGGAGAGGCCAGCGACAGUGCAUCUCCCGUGACAGUAGUCAGGGAGCAGGAUAAGAAAGCAGACUCCCCUCAGAGAGCACACUGGAUCCAGCCACACAGAGUGAUUGUUCUGGAGCAGACUCCAAUGAAAAAAACAAGAGGCAAGCAUUGAGAAAAUAUCCAGCAGGCCCAACAGCUCUUAAACUUACUGCCAUGUAUUAAAGUUCCUGACUCGAUUCCCUGCUCCCAGCCCAAACAGACACCUGUUACUCUUUGUGUGACGUUGUUUUUGAAAGUGCUGUUCUCUGGUUUGUGUUGAAUGUUUCCAGCUCCUAGUUCAGUCCCCAAGGCAGUCUGCUUUGCUGAAAGGUUGCCCUGAUUGUAUCAGCUCAUGCCAUGACCCCAUCAUUUAUCCAGUAAUGAGAGCAUCACUACUGCAGGGCACUCGAAAGAAUGAGCUGUUAACCUGGUUAAAAACCAUUUGCAAUUAGAAAUCAUAACCUGCAAGCCAUUUCUGUCUUGUGUUUUGGCUUGCAUUACCUUGGUAUUUUUAUAUUGUAUAGUUUUAAGUAUCAAGCAGGUAGCAUUGCUGUACUGAGAGAGUCUCUGAAUCUGAGCUGUCCCAGAUUCUGCAAUGGGAAUACCUGUUGCCUAUUAACUUCAUUCAAUUUUAACUGUGUUUUUCUGGUUUUUUGCCUGUGAAAAUAGAAAUAAGGCGUCAAAUGCACUGAGAAGCAAUGCGAACAUCAAAUAACAA